AUGGCGGAUGACGACCACGAAGUCGUAGAGCGUCAAGUCGGCAAGGGAAUUGAGGCCCACUUCGACCUCGACGAUGCGUUCUCCGAUGGUGAAGAUGAUUAUAACCUCGAAUUCAGCUCUGCAGCCAUCAGGAAACAUCUGGCCGAGAAUCCGAGUUGGGUCGGAAAUGAUGACCGAGAAGAUGACGGGGAGACAGAGUAUAGCUCUGCGCGCGACCAUGACACGUCGAUAUCAACGAUUUGUCUUGAUGGUAGUUCCAACUCAUAUUUAGAGUCUAGAUCUUCUUCCCCGUCAUCACCACCGCUGACUGCGGAAGAGCAGCCGGACGAGCAGGAGGUUCCUCAGGACUUCUCUGAUAUUACACUCUCAGAAGAACUGAGUACACAUGGACACAGUACAAACGGACACUCCACUAGUGACGCAGAUACCCAAGACGAGGAUGCAUCCCCUCCGGGGGAUACUUCAUAUCCCACCAUUCACAUCGACGUCAGUAGGUCACCGCCAAGUCGUGUAACCAUGAGUACCAACACAGAAAACAAUGGCGAGGGUCGUCAGGAAGAUGAAGCGGUCCAUACGGUCUCCGAGUCGAAUGCGUCUUCUUCCCACCUCCCUGCGCCUAGUCAUGAUAUUGAUAUUCCACCACUACCUACAUCCCCAUCUUCCCCGUUACCCAGGGCCAGAAGCCCAACAACCCCGACCACAAGUCAUAGAAGACAAACGUACUCAGCAGGACCAAGCGCCUUCCAGAAAGUACUGAGCCAGACGCGCCCUCAUUUCCUACCUCCGAAGAACCGCCAAGAAGACCAGAAACAUAUGGCGGACUGGCAGGCCAUGAUGAAACAAAGUCGCGCUGCAGAGGAGAAACGGCGGAAAGCACUACAAGAACGACGCUUAGCUCGCGAGCUCAAGAUCGAGCAGUCUAUUUACACAUGGCAGAAGGAGAUACUCCCAGAUUGGCGAGCUGUUCACAAGAAUCCCAAUCUCCGCAGACUUUGGUGGAACGGCAUGCCUACUAAACUACGCGCUUCGCUCUGGCAGCAGGCUGUUGGUAAUGCACUCGCUCUGAGCAAAGAUAACUACAAAAACUGUCUCAGUCGAGCUAAUCGCGCACUUUCGUCGGGCUCAUUUCCUGCCGAAACAUUACAAGCCAUCGAGCAAGACGUCUUAUCCACCCUUCCCUCCCUGCACAUCUUCCACCCCGGAACCGGGCCGCUAUACGAAGAUCUUAGGGAUAUGCUAUGCGCAUGGGUCGUCUCUCGUGCGGACGAGGGUCUGGGAUACGUGCACGGGACUGCCAAAAUCGCUGCGAUGAUAUUACUAAACAUGAAGCCGCAGCAAGGCUUCAUAGUGAUGAGAAAUCUCCUGGAGAGGCAUUGCAUGAGGUCAUUAUAUGGCAGUGUUGCUGCCAAGGAUGACGUCGAAGCUUAUUAUCGGAUAUUCGACACACUCUUGGCUGACUGUAUGCCAAAAAUAUACUUCAAUUUCAAGCAGCACCAAAUAUCACCUGGUGCCUAUCUCCCUGACUGGCUUAUCCCGCUAUUCUUGGACCACUUGCCCUUCGAAGCAUGCGCACGCUUGUGGGACGUUCUCCUACUAGAAGGGGACUCUUUUCUUUUUCGUGCUGCUCUCGCUGUUCUUGCAGUCCUUGAACCUCGGCUAUUCUUCCCCGAUCGACAGGAGCUUCUAGACCUCCUCCGAGGUGAAAAUAAGGCUGCGCUAGAUGUAGCCAAACGGGAGGGCCGUUUACUGGACGGUGCAAAAUAUGACAUUUACGGCGUAGAUGAGGAGACCCUUUGGGAGCGCAUUGAUAGUAUGGAAGAGUGGUGGAGGGAGUCUACAUGGAAACGUCUGACGCAGCGAGAACUGCCGGAUUUGUAG